CAUGAGCAGAGCGUCCAACAACUUGCAUAAUUUAUCCUCCCAGUGCCAGUCCUGGAUCCUGCAAUGGCGCUCUCUUUUUCUUGCAAGUAGUUCAACACAUCUCUUUGGAGGCUUCACGAUGGCCAGCGCAGAGGAGGAGAUUGCGCGGCACCUGACUGCGUGCCGGCAGAGCGGGGGCGAGGGCGCCUUAGAGCAUUUGCAGGCGGCGCAGAGCAUUUUGCUGCAGCACCCCUCCGAGCUGCUGCCGCGUUUCUUGCCGGACGUUCUGGAGCUGCAGGACGCGCCACUUGGCGCCGCCAGGAGAUGGCUGGCAGAAUCUCUGGAGGCCGCUGGUUUGGCAGUCCCGUCCCUGCUGGUGUCCAUACUCCCCACCCUACAGCGCCUGCUUUCGGACAGCCAGCCAGGGGUGGUCAAGCGGACGCUCCAAACCGGGCGCCUGCUCAUGCCCGAAGUGAUGCGCCAGAUGUUGCAGGACUUCAAGCCAGAGAGUGACUCGGCAUCAGAGAUGGCCCGCCUCUGGGAGGCCGCGCGGCAGUUCAAAGAUGCGGCAGUAGCAACUGCCCUGCAACACAUUAACAGUGGGGUUCGUCUGUAUGGGGUCAAGUUCACGGAGGCGGUGAUCCUGCUCUACACCCCCCAAACAACCACCUCAGCAACUAUAGAGAACGGUUCUGCAUACACUGCGGUGCACGCCGGUCUCGUCCCGCCAGGUCACCCUCUGUUGGACUCAAGCCUGCUGGCGGUCGACGCGACGCGCCACCUGGCAUCCCUCCUGGGCCAGUUACGUGGACCCUCUGCUUAUUCCAUACCCACUCCAGUCAUGCUGGUCCUCAUAAGCAGCCUGACCGCCAUUGCCCGCCAGCGCAUGUCUUUCUUCGGACGCGUCUUGCCUGUGUUGCUGUCGUUGAGCCAGCCCCCAGCGGACCCGGGCGCCAGCAACUCAGGGGGGGACGUUAAGCCCCGAGUCCACCCCCCCAGUAUCUUGCACGCGCUCAAGACGGCCUACUUGACGCUUGUCCGAUUGCCAGACUCCUCAGUCGCGCCGUGGCGAGAGCGGUUGCUCAGCGGGCUCCGCUCCAUCGGUGCCAACGACGCCGCUUCGACAGAGGAGCGGCGCUUGGAAAAGCAAAGCUCGCAGCAGCGGGAGGCGGCGACUCGCAAAAGAGGUCAGGCACAAGCGCCAGAGCAGACGCAGGGGGGGGCGCCAACUGGUGACGGACGUGAGGGGGGGCCGAAGCGCGUGAAGAAGGAGGAGGGGGACAUCGAGCCGGACGUGAAGCCUGCGGCGGGGGGGCCAAGUAGAUUACCAGGUGGCCCGACGCUGGACACGAUGCUGGGCCUGGUGUGCCAGCUGGCAGCACGCACCGAGCCGGAAGCCCAAGCUCAGCUACGGCAGCUGGUGGACCAAAUGCCCAUCGGACUGCUUGUCGAUCUAGUUAUGGCCAGCAUGAAGAACGACCCCCUUCCGAAACCGGCGGUUAAGAUGGAACCGGGGGGGGGCGUCCAGGAGGCGAAACCUCCGAAACAGAAGAUGCCACCAGGUUUCCCACCUCCCGCCAAACCUGCCCUCCCCCCACAAGUCAAGCGCGAGCACCCUGCGCCGACUCCCCCCCCCUCAACUCAGGCUCGCGUCAACCCCCCUCAGCCUUUGGCCCGCACUCCGACCCCCCCCCUCGCGACGGGCCCUCUAGUGGCCGGGGUAGGUGAAGGGCGGUGGGCGGUGGUUCCGCUGAGCAGUGCUCAGAGGGUCGAACAAGCCCGGGGGGCGAUAACCCGGGUUGUCAAGGCGGGGCAGUUAGUGAGGGGGGCGCGCGCGGGGCAGCUGCGGGCGGCACUCAUUGGGAGGAUGCUGGCGCAGGCCGAAGAGGAGGUAGAAACUGGACGGGUGGAGGCGAUCGUGGCUCAGCUGUUUGGAGACGCUCUGCGGAAUGACGCUCUCGAGGUGGCACUGCAAUGGCUGUACUGCAUGUACGCGCUGUACCAGCUCCAGCAAGAAGAAGGCGCUGACGUCAUGGACGAGGACGGCGCUGACGUCAUGGACGAGGACGGAGUGGGCGCGAAAGCGUUGGCGGUGCUCGACGACGGGCGGGAAGCGCCGGAGGCUUACCAGGCGUUGCUGCUUUUGCUGGCCCGGGCGGCUGCUUCCCGCCUCCCCUCCUCCGACCGCUCUUUCCAGCGACUGCUCUGCGACGCGCCCGCUCUCCCCCCCUCCAUCCUGGCACUUCUGCAGUCCAUGCUGUUACCCCCCCCUCCGGAAGCAGAGGACGGGACCCCCCCGGAAAGUGGGCUACGUGAAGGGGGGGCUGCCGGGUACCUGGAACGCGUCACCCAGAGUCUCAGCGCGCUGUGGGCGCUCAUUUUGCAGCGGCCGAUGCUGCGGCAUGAGUGCUUGGAGAUCGCUCUGAAGUGCACGUACGAGCAUCCGAAUGAGGAGGUGCGAAACAAAGCCAUCCGCUUGGUGGCCAAUAAGCUAUACCCGCUGCCAUACUGCCGAGACGCUAUCCAGGCAACGGCCCGCGAACAGCUGGAAGAAGCGACGCAAGAAGAAGCCGCUCUCGAGGGGGUUUCGCAAGCGGCGGAAAAGGACGACGAAGAAGGGCGCGCGCGUUUAGAGCGCACGGAAAGCGGGCGGGAGGCGGGGACGUCGGCGGAUGCGGCCAAGCAGAAGAUGAGCCUCUUCUUCGGGCUCUGUUACAAGAGCCCCGAGUUGUUGCCCCAGCUGGUGGCUCGCUACGGGAAAGCCGGCAAGGGAGCGAAGCAGGCAAUCCUGCGGCAGAUUCCGCUCUUGCUCAAGUCAGUAGGCCCUGCCUCCCCCCCGGUUCUGGCGAUCCUGGAGGACCCCCCCGCCGGUGUGGAACCGCUGCUUCUCCAGAUUCUGAACGUGCUGACGGAGGGCGCGGCUCCGCCCGAGGAGCUCACCCAGCGCGUCAAGACGCUGUACCAAACCAAGCUCAAGGAUGCUCGCUUGCUGAUUCCAAUCCUCUCCUUCAUGACCAAGGACGAGGCGCGAUCCGUGUUCCCUGCCCUCGUAACACUACCCCUCCCGCAAUUCAAGCUGGCCCUCAACCGCCUCCUCCAGGGAUCCGCUGCCACGGGCCCAGCGCUAACGCCCCCGGAGGUGCUUGUGGCCCUCCACGAGGUGGACCCGAAACGGGACGGCGUGCCGCUCAAAAAGGUGACCGACGCUUGCACCGCGUGCAUGGCGCAGCGGACCAUUUUCACGCCGCAGGUGCUGGCAACGACGCUCAACCAACUGGUCGAGCGCAGCCCUAUCCCGCUGCUCUUCAUGCGAACCGUCCUUCAAAGCGUCGGCGCGUCUCCCUCGCUGCGCCCCUUCGUAGUUGAGCUGCUGGGCCGACUAGUGCGGCGAGAAAUCUGGAACAUGCCGCAGCUGUGGGUGGGCUUUCUGAAAGCGGCGCACCACACCGUCCCCGACUCCCUCCCGGUCCUUCUUCAGCUACCGGCCCGCCAAGUUGCGGAAGUGGUGGCGAAGAAUCCGGACCUGAAGCCGCUGCUGGCGGCUCACGUCACGCAUACGUCAGCAAGGACCGCCUUGCCCAGGUCUAUCCUAGCGGUACUUGGACUCGCAAGCGAAGGCGGCCCGGCGUGACACCAUUAAGUGGGCACGAAUUGUCCACCACCGUUUGGGGUGAUCUGAAGACACGUGCCAAACCACGUGGUCGUCAUGUUUCUCCAAAACGGUAAGAGGGCACGAGGUCGAGGACCAAGGAAAGAGUAAUCAAGGACGAGGCGACAGGCAGUUGGUGUAGGGACAUAGAGUGGGUACAAGGGCAAGAUUACACAGCAAACGGACUCGACUGGACAGGCUGUUUUAAGUGCCUGUUCGGACCAAGUAGCAUAAUCACGGUCAAUUUGCGUCCAUUGAGCGCACUUAUCUGGAAUCCGUUCCUGAUUUCUUGUUUUUGUUGCGGCACUGCAGCUUAAUGAGUUUUUUGAGAGGCC